AGAGAGAAGAGAGAGAGAGAGAGAGAGAGAGGAAGGUUGAAUGUGCUGCAGAAACGCUUGAGUUCUCGUUUGAUUGUGCAGGAUUCUGAUCCAGAACGAGCGAAAGUUUGACGCAGAAUCAACAUGAGAGAGUUUGUGUCGAGCUGCUGCUUCGUCCUGCUGUGUAUAGGCUGCUCCUCGCAGUUGUCCGUGUCGCCGAGGGAGGCGAACGAGUUUCUCCGCAGACACCGGAGGGCCAACCAGGUGUUCGAGGAGACCAAGCAGGGUCAUCUGGAGAGGGAGUGUGUGGAGGAGAGAUGCACUAAAGAGGAGGCGAGAGAAGUGUUUGAGAAUGACCCUGAGACGGAAUAUUUCUACCCAAAGUAUCAGGCAUGUAUGGAGAAGUUUGGAGACUCUGAGAAGAAGAAACAGGAUCUGAUCACCUGCGUCCACAACAUUCCAGACCAGUGUUCCCCGAACCCCUGCAAUCAUUUCGGGACGGUGCGCUGUGAGGACAAAAAGGGUGAAUUCCAAUGUCAUUGUUUCAUGGGAUGGAGUGGCGUCAGGUGUGAGAAAGAUGUGGACGAGUGUGUGGAGACUCCAGAUGUGUGUGGAUCCGCGCACUGCUCAAACCUCAAUGGGAUCUACGACUGUCUGUGUGAGGAGGGAUUCGUCUAUGACAACAUCACCAAAAGCUGUGUAGACGUGGACGAGUGUGAGUCGGAUGUGUGUGAGGAAGAGUGUGUGAACACGGCAGGAAGUUUCCGCUGCUACUGUGAUGGACGGCAGGGGAAGAGACUGGGACAAGAUCUCAGGAGCUGUGAGUCCAUCAAGCUUCAUCGGCCGCUGGACAUGAGGAGGAACUCGCGCUCACUGUACCUCGGACGCAUGUUUAGUGGGAUUCCUGUGGUCCGGCUGCGCUUCCGCCGCAGGGUCCAGACCGGAUUCAUGGCAGAGUUUGACCUUAGGACCUACGACCCCGAAGGUGUGAUCUUCUUUGCCGGCGGCCACUUGAACAGCUCCUGGAUUGUUCUGGUGAUGCAUCAUGGGAAGCUGGAGCUGCAGCUGAAAUACGGAGCCGUGAGUCGAGUGACCAGCAGUGGACCGCAGGUCAAUGAUGGCCAGUGGCAUAAGAUCUCAGUUGAGGAACAGGGGCGGAGCCUCAUCAUCAAGAUUGACAGGGAGGCGGUGAUGAAGAUCGCAGUGAACGGAGAUCUGUUCACACUGAAUAAAGGCUUACAUGAGCUCAACCUCACGGUGGGCGGCGUUCCCUUCAGAGACGACGGCCUGGUCAGCAGGGUUAACCCUCGACUGGACGGCUGUAUGAAGGACUGGCGCUGGUUAACCGGUGAGGACACGUCUAUUCAGGAAACCAUCCGGCACAACGAGCGCAUGCAGUGUUACGCCAUCGAGGACCACAGCGCCUUCUAUCCCGGGCUCGGAUUCGCCUACUUCAACCACAGCCAUGGUGUGUCAAUGGCUCUGAGUGAACCUACAGAUGGUUUAUAUGUCGAUCUGUUCCUGAUGAUGUUUGUUUGUGCAGAUGUUUCUGUAGUGUCCACUCCAGUGUCAGCCUUCUACACGGGCUGCAUGGACGUGCGGGUCAACGGUCAGCUGCUGGACGUGGACGAGGCCCAACACAAACACAACGACAUCCGCUCUCACUCCUGCCCUCUGGUAGAUGCACAGCAAUAACAGCAGCUGAAACUCCAGCGAAGUGCUUUCCACUGCAGGAGGAGCUUUAAUCUGGAUCCAGUCAAUGGAUCGACAAAGGCCUUAGUAAAGCCAGAUCCCUUGCCACACUCACAUCAUGCACAUAUAGCACAGACCCGCGUAUCAAUGUAUUACUCACAUUAGACCAAUCAAACACAAGCUACUGAGAGUGUGCUGUAAAAUACUGUAACUGUACAUAUGCCACUGUAAAAUGCUUUAGAGGAGGAGGAAUAAAAACACCCAGCUACCAUUAAAGGCCUUCAGGCCUCAAUGUAGGUGCUCAACUUCAUCAUCAUCAUCAUCGAGUAGUUUGAGUUGGAGUUUUUCUAGUCCCUCGUUUGAGUUUGUCUUUUUUAAACUUGUUUUUAUUGUUGAAGUUGUUUUGUAUUUCGUUCAUGUUUGCUCUGUGUGUGUGAGACUGAAAUGCUUGAUGAAAACUAAUAAAGGUGGAUGGUGUUGUUAUGAUGAUGAAUUCUGUCCUUGAAGUCCACAGAUAUUCAGCGGCUCACAGAAACAAAAACCUGAUGAGUAUUACUUUACGCUGAUAUUUUGAGCUGCAAAGGCCAGAAGCGCACGACGCUAGUGCAAAAACACUUAAAUCACAAAAACAUUAAGGCACGACACUACAAGCAAAACCAGUUGUUGUUUGUUGUCUAGUUUGCAUCCAUAACGCGCCUUCUUUCAGA